AUGUCCAGCACUGAGUUCCAGAUGGAGUUCCGCCUAACCCGAAAAGUGCCGAUUCAGAGUUUGCCGGUGGAUGGUUUGCGGGGUUUUGCUGCCUUCCACAUCAUUCUGGGUCACCUGUUCAUGUGGAGCGAGACACACCCACGGUAUGCGACACCGGAGAACGCACCGGCACCCACCGCUGGGCUUUGCAGUUGGGAGAUUUUUGCCGGCUUUCCAUUGAUGGGAGGUGGAUCUAUGGGGGCACUUCCGCCCCUUGGCUCGACUCAGCGCCUGGCUCUUUUGGUGCAAGCGCCUCAUGCGCUUGGUGCCGAUGACUAUUUGACCAACAUCAUUGGAAUCGUGAUGCGCCAAGUAUAUGCAGAGGAUGUCUUUGGAGACAUGCCGCACUAUUCAUAUGAAGUCACUUGGGUCGAUUAUGUCCUCACCUUCCUGGGCCUGACCUCGUGGUCGCUGCGCUUGCCCUUGGGCAAUGAGCUCACCUGGACGAUCUCCACGAUGUGUUUCUUCUACCUAUGUUUCCCGGCCUUGGCUCCUAGACUUCAGCGACUACAGCCUAGGACUUUGCCCAAGCUUGCAUGGACCAUGUACCUUUUGCAGAUCUUUCUCAUGAUGGGAGCCUUCGCUUUGGCGUUCUCUCAAGGCAUGGGUCUUUUUGGCUCUUACUGGCUGCGCAUGACUCCACCCUUGCGCCUACCUGUCUUCGUCAUGGGUCUUUGUGCUGGGCUCAUCCGAAUUCAACGCCAACAAGCUGCUAUGAAGGACAGCGAUUUGGAUGCUGGGAUUUGCAGCAGAAGAGAUUUAACACCCAUCUCGCGCUCUGAGCGGCCAGAAGUGCUGGAUGGUGCUUGCUGUGAAGAGCCUUGCAUCGGCCCCUGGAGCCUUUUUGGAAUUUGGUUUCUUUUCACUGGGCUUUCAGUGGCUGCAGCUGUCCAAUGCGGCAUUCUGGUGGGAUUGAGAGCCGUGUUGGAGGUAUUUUUUCCUAUCCUCUUUUAUUAUUGGGUUUUGGCGAUCACCAGCCCUUUGCAUCAGAGCUCAUCCUUGGUGGCCUUCUUCAACUCACGCAUCAUGCAGUUUCUUGGAAACAUUUCGAUGAGUGCUUACAUGAUUCACAUGCUCCUGAUGGAGUUCCAGGGCUACCUGAUCGGCACACGCAUCAACUCACAUCCGUGGUGGGUGGUGCUGACGAUGCUUCCGAUGACACUGGUCCUGAGGUGGUUUCUGACAGAGUUGCUUGGAAGUACACAACUGGAUGUCAAUGGUUACCGUUUAGCUUGGUAA